AUGGUAGAAGAGUGCAUCAAGCUAGAACAACUUCAAGCAAAACAAGCAAAAGAAGCAAAAUCUGAGCCCAAGCAGAAAAAGCCCGCCGCUCCUAAAAGUAGCGAGCCAAAGUCGAAGAAAUCUCAAAAAGACGAACAGAAGCGGGCUUCUCAGAACGAUGAAAGUGAGCCAAUCGAGCGUACCUUUGGCGAGCUGAAAAAUAUCCUUCGCAAUUCAACGACGAUGGAUUUAGCCAAGAAGAUUAUUGGAGUGAAUCUAUGUCGCAGAAUCGACGGACAGAAGAUCAUUGGCAGAAUCGUCGACACGGAGGCUUAUAUAGGCCCGGUUGACAAAUGCUCGGUUACGUUCAAAAAGAAAAAAUCAAAAGCGCUUGCUUCGUAUUUUGCUGAAUCAGGUACCGCCUGCGUCGAGUUUGUUGAAGAAGGCAACACGCAUUUGGCGAUUUCUAGCGCUCUACCAGGCGAAUACGUCCUUAUCAGUGCUCUUCAGCCCAUGCUCGGAAGAGAGAAGAUGAAAUCGCUCCGCGGAAUGCGGCCAAGCACGACGGACAAAAACCUGACGGCGACGGCAAAAGAGCUCGCCGCUGCGCUGAAAGUAACGAUGGAGUUCGACGGACUCGACUUGCUCGAAGGAGGUGGCGACAUUUGGCUGGAACCGGGCGUUACGUGCCCCAAAGUUGUCAAAACGCGCCGAGCUAUUGACAUGAACAACGAAAAAAAUUGGCAAGAGUGGAGCUUCAAGAAACUUCGCUUUUACUCUGCCACUUCCCACUGCAUCAAGACAAGAGAUCAAAAGGAAGAACAGAAUACAGUCUUGCAAACACUGCCGGAAGACGUCGACCAUAUAUAA